AUGCAGAGUACCACGCCGGCUUAUACGAUUCGUCGCGCCACAAUGGCCGACCACGACGCCUUCCUCAACAUCAUGACUGAAGCGUACACAAAAUCUGAGCCGCUUGCAAGAGCUCUGAAUGUCUCUGUUGAAGAUGCCGAAGCGUUCUGCAGGAGUUUUCUGCCGCACUAUCUACCACAAGGUUAUUCCUUGGCCAUGGAAAGCGAAGGGCAGAUGAUCGGGGCGUACUUGAUGCAGCUAACCAAAUCCUAUCUAGAUAUCCGGUCCGAUCAUACCUUCACGAAGAUAUUCCUUAUUGAAAGCAUUGCGCACAAGCUGACCGAGAACUUCUGGGACUUGAUGCCUCCGACUUCACAGCUGCUACAUCUCUGUAUACGGUGGUGA